GUUUUGUUUAGCUGAUCUCACAGUUCAAAAGAUUGUUUUUGAAUAUUCGGCGUCAUGCGUGCCUGUGGCGAGCUAAAACUAUUUUCCGUUGUAGGCCGUAAGCUCCCAACACCUAAAGAGCCGAAGCCUGUACCUUACAGAAUGCGGAUAUUCGCUCCGAACUCAGUUGUAGCCAAAUCACGUUUCUGGUAUUUCAUCAGGAAGCUGAAAAAAAUGAAGAAAGGUAGCGGUGAGAUUAUUUCUUGUGAAAGAGUAAGUCAUAGUCUACUACCGGUUGUGAUGUCUUGUAAAUGACCCUAAUCUUUUAUAUCCCAAUUUCAGUAUGGGACGUUAAGCCUUUCAAUGGUCGGUAUUUGGUGGUAACGUACACCUUACAUAAAUUUCUCGUAACCGUUUUCAUAAUCCUUUCACAUAGUUACUUUCAACAUCAGCUUUUGUAAUCACUCGUGAUAACCUGACGUUAGAACUGCUGUGAUGUUAAGUUUUUACCGUCCCGUUUUGUAGUGACUAUACAUUAUUUGUCUGGAACUUAUGAUUCUUCAUUUCCAUUGAACGGGUACUCAAUUAUAUGACAAUUCGUCAUUUCGUAAACCCAGUCACUUGCUUUUGUGAACAUUAAUGAAACUACGGCUUACGAGUUUGUUAUGAGGAUCGUUUCUAUUUUAAAUUAGCUUCGUAUCCCGUGUUUGAGUAAUAAUAGAUAGUCUCAGGUUGAUUCAAUCUAUGGAACGUCAGUCUUUGUUAUAUAUGGAUAUCGUUAAAUGUGUUUCUACUGGGUUUUGUUGUGGUCGCACCUUUACCGGCUUGGAUUUCUAUCUGAGCUAAUAGUGGUGCGUAUAAUGAGGCUGAUAAUUAUAUAUUCACGUUCGUCAGCUAUAAUUUACCUUAAUGAUAGGUAUUCGCAAUUGAAUGAUCGAUAUUAGUUGCUCUCAAGCCAACUGUGUAUUUGGAGCGACAUAAUGCUUUUAUAGAUACUGGUAACGGUAAAUAUUUCUUAUUGAGUAAAGCUGUAGUUGCACCUUUACCGGCUCAGAAUUUCAUCUGAGCUAAUAGUGGUGCGUAUAAUGAAGCUGAUAGUUGUAUAUUCAUACUCAUCAGCUAUAGCUUGUCCCAAUAUUAUACGUGUUAAUAAUUGUUUACUAUAAUUUUCAUCACAGAUACACCCAAGAAAGCCACUAAUGGUCAAGAAUUUUGGGAUUUGGCUGAGAUAUGAUAGUCGUUCUGGGACGCAUAAUAUGUACAAGGAAUAUCGCGCAAUGACAGAGGAGAGUGCCGUCACUCAAUUAUACCGCGAGAUGGGUGCUCGUCACCGUGCCCGAGCAGAGUCUAUCCAAGUGAUUAAAGUGGAGUCGUUACCAGCAUCUAAAUGCCGUCGUCCGUACGUCACUCAGUUCCACGACAGCAAAUUGAAAUUCCCUCUGCCUCAUCGUGUGACUCGUCCUCUUCACCACCCAAGGUUUACAACAAGAAGACCUACAACAGCCUUCUAGUUUUCCAAUAAAUUUGAAAGGUUACUUGCAUUCAUUUUCCUCAAGUGUCAAUAUAUUGUAUAUCGGGAACAGUGUUAAAUAAAGCAGUAUUGUUUGUUAGAUAUUUAAAAAAGUGGGAUAAAGUCAGCGAUUCCGAGUUUCCUUCACAAUUGGUCGUUUGUUGGUAUUGUGCUUCGUAAAUCGGUUUACCGAGUUCACCGAUUAGUAUGAGAUGUACGGAUUUGUAUGCUAACAAUGUGACUAGUUUUCCGAGCAUCGAACGAGAGGUUUCGACAUCAUAAUUUACAGGAGUGAGCCUUCAGUUGAAUAUUGACCAACCGGACAUAGCGUCAGGUGAUGGAGCUACCGACUAGUUAAAUCAUACAGUAGUGAAAUAUUAGUUACGACACAUCACAGUAAAGUAGAUGGUCUGGGAAUCAGUUGUGAUAGUCUAAGCACGCUAGUCUUCAUCCCGUGCAUUGAUAUAACUGAGUUGAGUAGUUCGAAUGGAAAAGAGUUAAUCUUGGCCAAACAGGGUUUCUUUGUGUUUCGAUAAAAAUAUAAUCCAUAAUAAAGAAAUAGCUCCGAGGGAUUCUGGAAGUGGAUCCUUUAAUUACACACACUGGUGCAAGGGGUCAGUCUUAUUGGUAGAUAUUGUAAACCCUGGGGAAUAACUUGUAGAGAUGGAUAUCGUACAUUUUUUGUCACAGAAAAACAUAAAGUAGUUGUUUCGUCAUGUAAUGUACAAACAACCUAAGUAGCUUAUCAUUUCUCUUCAUAUAGAAAAAUACAUAGAGCACAAGAUAAUACACUUGAAAUUUAUUAGUUCAUUUUCCAAUCGAUAGAUCUAAAAACUCACUUCAAGAUCACUUCCUAGUGACAAAAUAAAGAUGGAUCCAACUACUUAAAUAAAAGUUGUUUUAAAUCCCUAGUGCGAAAUAAACCAAAGUGAGCAGUCAUUUCCUAAUAAUUUGUCGCGAAAAACUACGGAUUUUAGUAGCCAUUUAAAGCCAAACGAUAUACAGGCUUCCAAAAGAAAUCCUAGUCAACUUAUCGAUUAGAAGCAAAGUAACAGCUUAUCAAUCUGUCAAGUGGUUUGUAACCUAGCAUUAACAUUGUUUCCCAUAAUGAAACCGUAUUUCUGAAUGGGACUCUUCGUCUGGUUUCUAGGCUUCCAAAUAGUUAGGUCGCUUAUUCUAAAUUUCCUAACAAAUCCUAUCUUAAUUGGAACAGUGAAUCAUGUCUUACAUUAAGAAUUACGAGUGGGUGGGUAUUGAUUAUUUACGGACGACCAACGUAAAUGAACGACUAUCUUAUUGAUAUUAAGUUUUCAAGAGUUGGAAGCAAACUUAUCUACUUGCUUCGUGCUGACUUGCAGUUAUAUCUAGUUAAAUGUAGGCAAGGUGCUAUUGGUCACGCUCGUAUGGUAUUUCAGUGGACUUAGUAAUGGUAAUCAGGCUUCAGGAGAGAGGCGUUUGUUGUAGACUGCAAUCGACUAUGACUGGACUUAUAACUCUAACUUACCAUCACUUACUUGCUAAGUUUAGCUACUUCAUUAAACCUGUACGCGACUCCUGUUGAUUUUCCUGGACUAAUUUUAUACUUGUAGAAAGAACUAUAACUUUUUGGAUUUUCAUACAAGUGUUCUAAUCCUAUAAAUUACAAAUAGAAAUCUUAAAGUUGAACGACGGGAUCCCUCUAAGACAGUUUGAGUCGUAAGGUUUUUAAGCAUAAUUUAAACCAACAAAAUUAUUGGGAUACAAAUAUGCAGUUCAACUGGCUAAAUGAAACAAUUACUUCAGAUAAUAAAAAUAACAAGAUAACACAACUGUUCAAGGCCAGAACAGUAAGAGUGGCUGAUGCCUAUCAACUCGGAAAAGUGUCUACAUGCACUUGGGGGAUUCAAAGGUUAAUACGUACAACAUAGGGGAUGUGUCAUUACCCGUAGUCCGGUCUCAUAAGGACCUGGGGGUGACAGUGAGCAAUGAUCUUAAGACGACGGCCCAUUGCCGGGAGGUCGCAGUUAAGGGGUUUCGAACCCUCUGGGCUUUAAAAAGGACAUUCACUAAGUUUGAUACUACCUUGUUCACCACAUUAUACACAUCCUUAGUAAGAACUAAGUUAGAGAACUGUGUUCAGGCUGGAAGCCCCUGUUUAAAAGGUGACUCAGACAUACUAGAAAAGGUACAGAGGGCAGCUACGCGUGCUAUUCCGGAACUCCGGGGUUUAUCAUAUAAAGAGCGGCUUGAAAAACUGAACCUCUUUACUCUGUCCUAUCGCAGACUAAGGGGAGAUCUAAUAUUGAUGUACAGAAUACUGAGAAAUGAUUUCGGACCUAACUUAUUCUCUCUCUUUCUUCCCACUAGAUCGGGACACCUCAGAGGACAUAGCAGGCGAGUAGAAAAGCCAAGAACGAACAAAAUACCCGUGGCAUACAGGUUUUCACACCGAGUCAUCAAUACUUGGAACCUGCUGCCUGAAGCAGUGGUGUCCGCACCUUCAAUUGACUCUUUCAAGAAAAGACUGGACACUGACAGAAGCAUACUAGAAAAGGAAUAACGUAGGCCGUAGGCCUUCUGUUCUUACUACACAAAUCUGAAUCACAAAUUAUUCACUUUUCAUUCAGAAGUAGACUAGUCAAUCAAAGUAGAUGAAGUCCUGUACACGAAAUAUAAGGACGUCCCAUUUUAUGUUUACUAAACACAACCUGUGAAAAACUACUUUAUUAUUGUUGGUUGAUAAUUUAUGAACGGGUGAAGAUAAACUCUACUCUCGUUCGCAGUUUUGACUUCGUACAUGGCGACUAAAAAUGAAGUGGGAAUUUUUGUCCACAUUAUCGUAAUCCGUGGAGGAUGUGUGAUGAUUAACCUUCACGGUCAGUAAAAUGUCACUGGGCCCCAGCCAAAUCCGAAAGUCGCGUCAUCGAGUAUCGAACAGUUUGCAUUAGUUAAUUGCACACCAUGGACUAGCUCAUACAGCAGUGGUCGCAUUCUGUUAAUUGCACCUACUCUUGCAAAUAUAUUUAUGUAAUAACUUCGUUUGUACUGUACCGUCAUCAAAGCAGCUGUAGCACAUGAAUGAGACGAAAGGGUAAUCCACGUUAGGUACUAACUGCGCGGUGUGACUGAUGUUAACCGGUUGGUCGUAUCAUCCCCGUCCAACUGAAAUAACCACCCAAUCAUUCGGCACAGAUUAUACACGUUGAAUGCUAGCCGUUAGUAUAUGAACCUGUAAAAGCCCUCAGUUCAUAGAAUCUAUCGUCACUUUAUCUCUCAGAUUGCUGAACGACCUAAACCGAUUGCCUGCUACACUAAAUCUAGUUGACUUAUAAAAUAUCACUUUUAUAUGUGCAUGUUGAACUGUAUUCGAUUUAAAAUUCUUAUUAUUGCUUCCAUGCAAGUAUAUUAGUUGAUAAGCAACUCAAAGUAAAAAAGAAUAGUCUCAAAUCACUGAAGUUCUACGCAGAGUACGGGCGUCUUAGAGGUGACUUUCCAAUGACUUAUGGUAUUCUAAACACUCUUGAGCAUCACCUUACACACCUCCUUAAGCUCAGCCCCAACACAAACCUUGGGGGUGACACCCAGAGGUUGGAGGUACGACAUAGCAGAACGGCGCUGUCAAAUUCUGGAAUUCGUGACCAGCUGAGCUACUUCAAGCGACUUUCCAUGAGUCCUUUAAGAGAAAACGUGGUAUGUCCCUAGGGACUAAUGGUAUUAUUUCACCAUAAUUUACUAAAAUUUCUCUUUUGCUAAUUAAAUAUACCUAGGUUCCUAACUGGCGGCAUCGGUGAUCCGCUGCUAUUAGAUACAGAAGUCCGUUAAGCGAAAACUUUUUCGAUUCCGUCCAGAAUCGCUCGAAUGGUCCAAUUGGUUGUGAACUGAAAGUAAGAAGUUUUCACCUUACGAGGUCGCGUGUAGUAUAUCAGUGUUGCUAAUGCCUUCAAGUGCGGAUCUAGACAUAUGAAGCAAAUAUACGCGCAAGGAGUGUUUUUAGAUAAGCAAGACUCAUUGAUUUAACGCGCUUCGCCUAAAGCUUGAAUUUCAGUUAACAAAUGUAUUUCAUGUCUCCCAUUUAAAUCCGAUGAAUAGUAUCCUUGUUCAUUUCAGAGUGAAGGAGUAAGCAUGAUGUUACCGUACUCUUAGCGGGGUCUGACUAAAAUGCCGAAGAUUAAACGUGAUGCUCUUUUAUCGAGACGACAAAAAUUGCUCUUUAAAUUUAACAGCUUUUGAAUGACUCUAAAGGCACAGUUAGAAUAAGAUUUUAGACCACGUGUUACCAAGACACCUAGAUCUCUUGCAAAUAAAGACUCCUCUGGAAGGAAAGCACCUAAGUUAUUUGCAAAAUGUCUUAGAUGAACCACUGUAAAAAUCAAAAGUUAAGGAGCCAUUAGUAUUUGACUUUAGUAGACCCAACUAGAACACUGUUGCUUGAGAAAAUGUAAAACAGUGUGAUCUUAAAAAGCCAACUGUUUUGCGUGAAAUAAGCCAGUCUACUAGGGGCAACUUGGCAUCUAUCAGUCAGUCAGUCAACUACAACGUAGGACCAGGCACAUAUAUGCAUCAGUCCAAGUUGGCAUUUCGCAUUAGCACAGUGAGAUGAACACCGGAUUCAUAGGAGUAGUUAAGUCAAUGGUGGUGAUAUAUAAAAGAAAGAUUGCAUAUAAGGAUAUAGUACAGGAAGAAAGAUAUGAAGCGACUUUAAUCUCUUAAUUUAAGGGAAGACAGAGAGUGUAUACACCUACGCCGUUGUGAUCGGUUCUGAUCCAUGUCACCCAGAGUCUCUAACCAUUGGUUCAAAUGGUUACGAU